CACCAGAAAAACCGCGAGAAGUGAAGCAAGGAACCUGCCUUCCCUUUCUUUGCUACGACUGAAAAAUGGAGGCUUUAAUGCAAUGUUAUGGGGAUGGAUCUUCUGAUUCAGAUUCUGAAUCUUCUCCUUCCAAUCCAACCUUAGCUUAUGCAGAAAGACGCGAGCCCUUGCCACACUGGGCAACAAACAUUCGUGAACCACUUCACAAAGCAUGCGUCCAGCCCUUGCCACCACCUCCUAUUGCGCUCCUUCAUCCUCCAAAUUUUCUUGGGCCUCAAGAUAUUCAGAUACGCCAGACAACUAAAGUUAGGAGCUUCCCUCAUGUUGAUGGUAACUAUGCCUUACAUGUAUACAUACCAAGUGCAGUGACUUUGGACUCAGACUGCAAUUGUUCUGUUUCAGUUAAUAUUUCAUCUUCAUCGAAAAAAGAAGUAGCCGCUUUCUUGAAGAAAAUCUCAUCUCUGCAUCCAAGUCUUUGUGCUGUUGAUGUUGAUGUCCCACUUAACGUCCUCUGUAAAAAUGACGAGAAGCUUGAACAAGUUUUACUAGGAAGGGAGUUUCACAUAAGUUUGGGAAGAACUGUUCCAAUACGAGUACAUCAGAUUGACUCAGUGGUCUCAAUGCUAAAGCAGAAGCUUCAGACGCAACCCUUCUACUGGAUCAACUUUGACAAAUGGGAGGUUUUUGUUAAUGAUGAUCGCACACGCACCUUCCUCUCAGUCGAGGUUGUUCACGGUGGGCUUGUAGAGCUGCAGCUAGUUUGGGUCAAGUUUAUAAAGCUCGUUUGAAGAACUCGGGUAAACUUGUGGCCAUCAAGGUUCAACAUCCUAGCAUCGAGGAAGCUAUAGGAUUGGACUUCUACCUAAUGUAGACAUAAUCACCACCGAUGUUGUUGCUCUGAUUGAUGAAUUUGAACGCAGAGUUUUUCAAGAGCUCAACUAUGUCCAGGAGGGACAAAAUGCAAGGAGGUUCAAAAAGUUGUUGCCGUUCCGGUAAAAUCGGAGGCUAUGUUCAAAUAUUAAAAAUGACCCUUAUGGAAAACAAGAUUUUUUAAGCAAUAGUAAUCAUUUUCAUUCAAAAAAAAA